UCCGCAUUUCACGACACAAACCUACAGCAUUCAAUUCCUUUCUCUGGUGCUCCUACCCAGAAUUCAGAAAAGAUGGCGCACGCAAAUCUCCUCUCACCGCCAUCCCAAAUAUCACCGCAAACCGCCCUCGCCCUCUCCCAAAAGGCUCCCGUCAUACUCUCCACCUCGCCCACGUCGUCACUGCCGUGGCCCCUCUCUCUCCUCUUUUCCCGCGAGACACCCGAAUCAUGGACCAUCCACGAGAACCUCUUCCUCUCGGCGCUCCGCACCGGCGACGAAACCUCGGCUCGUGCCCUGCUCGACCGUCUCGAAGCCCGGUUCGGUCAACACAACGAGCGCAUCAUCACGCUGCGCGGCAUAUACAACGAAGCCACGGCGCAAUCUAAUGGCGAUCUGGAGAAGGUAUUCGACGGCUAUGAGAAAAUAUUGAGGGAGGACCCAACCAAUAUGAGUAUACGGAAGAGGCGCGUCGCCGUACUGAAAGCGCUGGGCAGACCGCAGGAUGCCAUUACGGCUGUCACGGUGCUGUUGCAGAAUAGCCCGACGGAUGUAGAGGCUUGGGCCGAGGCGAGUGAGCUGUAUGCAAGUCAGGCGGCGUGGGGCCAGGCGAUUUAUUGCGCGGAGGAGGUGUUGCUUAUCACGCCGAACGCUUGGAGUGCACAUGCACACGUUGCGACGCUACACUACCUCUCCAUCGCCUCCAACAACCCACCAAGCCUGAGCGCUCUCGCCCUGUCGCUGAAGCACUUCUGCCGCUCCAUUGAACUCAACGACGCGUACCUCCGUGGCUACUACGGCCUUAAACUCGUCACUACGAAACUUCUCCCCCUCCUCUCCGAGACACAGUCGACUUCCAGCAAACGCAAUAACAAUAAUAACAGCCAAGAUGAUGAAGAUGUGCCUAUCCCUGCGCUCGCGACAGUGAAGAAGCUCGAGGAAAUAGCAACAAGCAAACUGGCUGAGAUUGUAAGGCACUACAAGGCCGGAAACAAAGGCUGGAGAGGCUUUGACGAGGCCGAGGUCAUUGCGGCAAGGGAAUUGUUGGACCGAGAUGGUAAUUAAGACAUGGAGAAGAAGGGCGAAUGCAAAAGGGCGUUGGGCGUCACGGGGUGCGACAUAGGAAGGACAUGAUCGGCUCAUAUCGCCGCCAUUAGUCAGUCAGGUCAAUAGAUACCAUUUGAAUACUUUCCAAAUCACAAAACGUCUGACAAAGUUUCCAUGAACCAGUCCAAGAGUGACUUUUGUGUGCGACGAAGAAUGAGGACGUUUGACCAGCGAGGAGC